CAGCAGCUGUGAGGUGCUGCCAGGCUGGUGCAUGAGCUUCUCCCCUGCCUGUGUAUUUCAGAAGGCUGGGCAGGGCCUGUCUGCUGGUGCCCUGGGAGCUUUGGGUCACGGUGGAGACGUCUUGCUCUCCUCCUCGGCCAGGUCCAACCGCCCAGCAGAAGCUGAUUCUCCUCCAGGCCGCCAGGCUGGCGAAGCAGCGCAGGCCCCGGGGUCUCCAUGGCAACGCCGGGGGGUGUGACGGCAGGAAACUACAGCCCCCAGAAGGCUUUGCGGGGACGCCGCUCCUCGCGGCAGGCAGCGCGGCCGCCGGCGCCGCACUACGACUCCCAGCGGGCCGUGCGCACUCUCCCGCCCGGGAAAAGCCAGUGCUGCACAGUCUUUGGUUUGCGUCGGCACCCGGUUCCUUCCCGCCGCUUGCAGGAGGCUUCCCCCGCUCUGUGGAGCGAGGAGGGACCGCUGUUCUUGGCCGGGGACUGUUUUGCCUUCACAAUGUUUGGGGACUUAUUUGAAGAGGACUUUUCCUUUAUUUCAAACAAUCAUUGUGGAAAAGGGAAGAAAUCAAAGCCCAGAGAUUCCGAGCCUCCAGCUCCCAGGGAUUUCACCAACCUCAGUGGUAUAAAAAACCAGGGUGGGACCUGCUACCUCAAUUCCCUUCUGCAGACUCUGCUUUUCACACCUGAAUUUAGAGAGGCGCUGUUUUCUCUAGGACCUGAAGAACUUGGGACUCUGGAUGACAGCAGUAAACCAGAUGCAAAGGUUCGAUUAAUUCCUUUACAACUUCAACGGUUAUUUGCUCAGCUUCUGCUCUUGGACCAGCAGGCUGCAUCUACAACAGACCUCACAGAGAGCUUCGGGUGGAACAGCCAGGAGGAAAUGAGGCAGCAUGAUGUGCAGGAAUUAAAUCGGAUUCUGUUCAGUGCUUUGGAAACUUCCCUUGUGGGGACUUCGGGUCAUGACCUCAUUAAUCGAUUGUACCAUGGGAUUGUUGUCAACCAGAUUGUUUGUAAAGAGUGCAAGAAUAUCAGUGAAAGACAGGAAGAUUUCUUAGAUCUAACAGUGGCAGUAAAAGGUGUAGCUGGCUUGGAGGAGGCUCUGUGGAACAUGUAUGUAGAAGAAGAGUAUUUUGAAAAUGAAAACUUGUAUCGAUGCGGAACCUGUGAUAAACUUGUUGAAGCUUCAAAGUCUGCUAAACUACGCAAGUUGCCGCCUUUUCUCACCGUUUCUCUCCUGAGAUUUAACUUUGACUUUGAGAAGUGUGAAAGAUAUAAGGAAACGAGCUGCUAUACAUUCCCCAUCCAGAUAAAUCUGAGGCCUUUCUGCGAGCAGACUGAAAUGGAUGAUUCAGAGUACAUGUAUGAGCUCUUCUCUGUUAUUAUACAUAAAGGUGGCUGCUAUGGAGGACACUAUCAUGUUUAUAUCAGAGAUGUGGAUGAAUUAGGAAACUGGCAAUUACAAGAAGAAGAGGGUAGGCUGACUGAAGAUAAAGCUUUAAGAGAUAUUGAAAAUGCCAAAGAAAUGGAAAAUCCAUUGGCAGUCUUAAAAGGGAUUUUAUCAGAGGAAGAAUCAAAACAAAUUCCUGUGGAUCAAUUAGGGCAGAAAUUACUGGAGAAAAAAGGGGUGUCCUGGAAUAAGAAAUAUCGAAAACAAUAUGGAGCAUUACGAAAGUAUUUGCAAAGCCAUCCUCAGAUAUUUCAGUUCAAUCCUGUUGAAAAUAAGGUUGGUCUGAAGGAAAAACACAAGCUCGAGUUUAAGUCAGAUUCUCAAGGACAAGAUCUCCAAAGCCACCCUCAGAAGAAUGACGUCCAGUGGAAUUCAGAAAAAAAACCUACAGGGCCAAGGGCCAGUUCUGCUGGUGGCCAUUGGUUUGAUCUGAAUGAUUCAAAAGUCCAGCCGAUCAAGGAGAAGGAUAUUGAGAAACAAUUUCAGGGUAAAGAGAGUGCCUACAUGCUGUUUUAUCGAAAAUCUCAGUUGAAAAGACCACCUGAAGCACGAGGAAAUCCAAGGUACCAAAUUCCUGAACACCUUCUGAAUGAAAUGAAUGCUGCUAAUACCGAACUGCAAAAAAAGAGAGCGGAAUGUGACUCAGCAAACAACGGCAUUGAUUUACACCUCCAUUUGAGCUCAUGUUAUAAGUUUCAUAAUGGGGCUUUGCAUCCUUCCCUUACUUGGAAAGAGAGUGUUGUGGAUUUGACUAUUGAUAGAAGAAAAACACUGGGAGACCUUCGACAAUCAGUAUUCCAGAUGUUGGAAUCUUGGGAAGGAGACAUGAUUCUCAGUAUUGCCAAGCCUUUACCCGCAGGACUGCAUCUUUACCAGAUGCUUGACGGAGAUGAGCUGACGCUGGACAGCAUUGGGCUGGCUGAUGGAGCAGAUGUCUUUGUGUGGAAUGGGAAAGAGGUUGGUGGUACGAAGGUGAUGACAGGCCCUGAUCAUGAACCCGUGGUCAUAAACGUUCUUCGUUUAGUGGAGUAUAAUGAAGGAGGGAAGGGUCAACAUUUCACAGAAUCACAGCACAUAUUUUCAUGCAGCACAAAACUGGGUGACCUGCGCAGAGCCCUGGCACCCUCAGGAGGGAUCAUGCUAAAGAAUGGCUCAGGACCAGAUAAAGAAGCUAAGAACUGGGAAGUUUUUCUUGAAGAAAAUAUGAAGGAAACAGUCAAAAGUGUUGGUCUGACGGAUGGAUGCUCAGUACUAAUCUUAGACAGCCAUGACCAGAGCUUCGUGAAUGUGUCAAGCGGCAAUUUGACGGCUUUUACAUAUGACAUCAGCUGGCUCCAAGUCAAAAACUUCUGCAGAGAGGAUGACGAAGAGAAGCACGUGAAAAUUACUGCCACUGUUGAAACAGUGAUGUCAGAUAUCAAAAAGAAAGCAAUACGGGAGCUUCAGCUAGAGGAGGAACUAGCAAACGACAGCUGUCUUAGACCUGUUAGCGGAAAUGGGAAACUUCUGUCUCCAGUGCCUGAGGAUUAUACUGUCAAGGAAGCAGAACUGAAAAUGGGAAGCUUGCUGGGACUGUGUCAUGGGAAAGCUCCAACAUCCACUCAGCUCUUCCUGUAUUUUAUUGUUGGGAGUGACCAAAAUGCAGGCCCUGAGAUGGAGAUAGUUGUGGAAGAGACUGCGUCUGUCAAAGAGUGUCUAAAUUUAAUGCUGGAAAAAGCUGGAUUAUCAGGUGACAACUGGCAUUUGAGAAGGAUGGACUGGUGCUAUGAAGCAGGGGAAGCAUUAAGUCAGGAAAAUGCCACUCUGAAGGAACUUAAUGUUUGCAGAGGAGAUACAUUGGUUGUAACGGAAGGAAAGCUUCCACCAAAGGGUUUCCUGAAAAUACCCAUCUGGUGGUUCAAGCCUUCAAGUCAUAUGAAACAUGGAGAGAAUGCACAAGAGCAAGUGAAUGGGGUGACCUGCAAGAUGCAUGCUUUGCAGGUGUCUCCUGCAGGAGAUUCACCAGAAUCCAUCCACACAGACACGGAUCUUUGUUAUGCUGGCAGUCUAGAGAUAGCAGGAGAAGCUUCUUUGGAAGAUCUGAAGAUGCAGGCUCUGACCUUACCAUGCUGCCAGCAGCAGGUUGUCCCACUGCCCUCGUUUCUCAGAGCAUGGACAGUGGACAGUAAGCGCCCAGGCAAGCUCUUACGGAACAACAGGCAGCAACUCAACCACUAUAAGCUGGGUGCCAGAGUGGAAAUCUGCAUCGAGCCUUUGCAAAAAGAAGAGCAUUUGGGGCCCCAUGAGCUGCUGCUUCGAGUCCAGAUGGGCAUCCCAGGGGAGAGGGACUACUAUGACUCCACGGAUUUGGUGUGGGAUAUCUCCAAAGAAUGCACAGCCUGGGCACUGAGGCAACGAGUGGCUUCUCACUAUUGUCUCCCUGUAGAUAAAAUUGAAAUAGCCAAAUACUUCCCUGACAGAUUUGAGUGGCUGCCAAUAUCGAGCUGGACACAGCAAAUUUCAAAGAGGAAACGGAAGAAAAAACAGGAGAGUUUACAGUCAGCGCCUUAUCACCUGAAAGAUGGAGACAUCAUUGGGGUGAAGAACCUUCUCCUUGAUGACACUAAGGACUUCAGCACAGUGAGAGAUGAUGUUGGAAAAGAGAAACAAAGGCAGCUUGCAUUAGAAAAAAAGAAAAGUCGGCAAGCUGAACGCUUACAGGACCGUGUUUUCUCUGAGGAGAAGCUGAGUAUGAAGCACCGUAAACCAGAAGUGGCUCUUUCUAUCAACGUGGGCGUUUUCAGAUAGCACCAGGAGAUGCUUUGCUGAGCAGACCUUACUACUGAUGUGCUAAAUGGGAAUGGAGUUACCUCAACUGGACCAGCAAGAGGGUCUUUCCCAAAGUGUCUUCAAGAAUCACCAAGACAAACUGGAUAUAGAGUUCAGGAUAACGCUGAUUUUUCUUCUGGUCUCUCUUGGGGAAGUGCUUUAGCAUCCCUUUGUCAGUGUGGUACUUACUCUCAGGCUAGGUGAAUGCACUUGAUCCACAAGAAAACGGAUUAAUAUAUUGUGUAACCUUUUGGUGAUUGUUUUGUAAUCACCCUAAAUACUUUUUUUUUCUGAUCAGAUGCUGAUGUCUUGCACCUUCACUACAGAGUUUGCUGGAUUUUUUAAUGUAGUCAUAAUCAUCUCUUUUGAGAAUUAUUUUUUCAUUUCUGAUCACUGAAGUUUCAAGCAAUACCAGAAUUUGCUUUUGUCUCUUUAUAUAUAAACCUCAGUCUGUAGCAGCUGGAGUCAGAUUCCAGGAGUGAAGGAAAUGUGGAAAUCUCUGGGCCAAGUGUGCUAAAUAGGCUCUAAAUGGGCAAGUUGAGAAUUUGUCAAGCUCUAAAACCUGAAGACCUUUUGUGAUACAGAACAACAGUGCAGUAACCGUAAGGUUUCUAGCGUUAUUUUGUUGUCCAUCAGCUUCAUUAACAACAAAUGGGUGGAAAAAAUGGACAGAUCUGAUGUUUGGCAUUCAGUGUGUUUUAUUGUACUUAGGACAGGGUUUGCAUUUAUUUUCAGUACUCUUCUUCAGAGGACUUUCCCUCAUUUCUUGUCUUUUGAAUUGUUCUAAUACUCUUUGUUACUCUUGAGCUCAUGUUUCUCUUGGUCUCCCGAAGCUGAUUUCCAGUCUCUGUAACAGACGGGGAUCUGCACGACUGACAACUGCCUGAACUCAGUAUCAAAGGUUAUAGAGUAUUGAGCAAAAUGUGUACUGAAUGCUCGGGAGAUUGGAUCUCCAGAUUGAGAACAUGUGUAAGUAGCUGAUGAGAGACCACAUUCUCCUAACCCUGAGGCUGGGAAUCGGGGUUUACUUGAAGCUGAUGUUUCAGCAUCUUUAUCAAAACUUUUCUAACGGUUACAGUACUUAAACUGUACUUCCCCCAUUGCAAGUGUCUCUUUAUAACUUAAUAUCCAGUCAGGUUCAGAAUUUUCUUAGAGCACAGUUAGUACUGACAAAUUAACCCAAACUCUUCACGGAGUUAAUUGUUUAUAAUCAAAUUCUAAACGUGUUUUCAAUGAGAAGGUGAAGGAAGAUAACACGUGAGCAUUUCUGGGCAGCGAUCAGGUGCUGGUGGCACCUCAAGAGCUUGCCUUUCACAGCUGGGAACCCGUGCAAGUGCAUCAUGGUAUCAAGUGAAGUCUGUUCUCAAACGCUGCAGGGCUGUCUUGGACUGCAAUCCUGUUCUGAAAUGAGCAAAGCAAUCGCUCAAAAGUAGCUUUUGAACAUUGCCUUAAGUAUCCUUAAUGAAAGCUGAGAUAAUGAGAGGACAAAGACCAAGUUGCUUUUGGGGUUUCAGUUAAUUCAUGUAUGUGCAGAAGAUUUUGUAGUAGCAGAUGCCAGUACAGCAGACUGCUAAAACGUUGGCUAAUGUGAGAAGAUCUCUCAUUUACCUUUUCUAGGUUAGCAAUAUUCUGGUAUUUGAGAAAGUUUAAAGGCAAAAACUGACACUCAGCUAUAAAAAAAAAAAAAAGGCAAAAGCACCUUAAAGCAUAUGAUCAGUAUUUAUUUCUUUAAAGUUCAGCAGGUGCUUCUGCACUUUCUUUAACUGAUGGAUUCAAGGGAGGGAUAUUUCAGUCUCCUCAGUGUUUUGGCUGUAGGUAGGCUGUACUUGAAUCUUGAAAGCCUAGUUUUACGGAUCCAUUUUCUGACUGAUGUGAGGGCAGCCAAUUGCUUUCCCCAUCUUAUUUUGCGCCUUUGCCUUCUACCAUGUCACAAGUGUUCUUGCAAGCCAGGGCCAACAGGAAUGAUCGCAUGUGCUGGUCACUAAGGUAAGCAAGAAAGGUUUGUGUUUGCAGGUGGUUCUGUUGCAUUGCACUUACUUUGCUGUCACUUGAUUCCUUCCAGUUCUGUGCUGGGCAGCUGUACAGAGCUCAGCCUUCCCACCCACCUUUAAUAACUCUCGUCUCUUCUUGAAAACACAAAGUUUGGAGAAAUUGAAGUACAGAUUCCAAGUGCUAACGUGUGGGUUUUAGUAUGUGCCUUUGUUCACGUGUAAUGUAGCAGCACCUGCACUGAGUCUUGGAUUAUUUCUAAUGCGUAUUUUUUUUUUCUUAGAAUUAUUGUGGUUCAUUCCACAAUGAGACAGUUCACUAAAAAUGGGGCUAGAGAGAGGGAACACCUUUUUAAAAUGGAGUCUUUGUGAUUCCACAGUUUAUGAUGGUUAUAUUCCAAAGCCUGGAAAAGCUUUCACCUUUAUUUUUCAAGUGUUCUUCAGAAAAUAAAAAGUCAUUUCUAUAUGUCUA